AUGGGCCCACCCCCAGAUCGGCCGCAAGAAAAAACGGACGAAGAAGCAGCUGCCGAGGCGGAAGAAAUCAACGAUGUUCUCGACGAAGUGAAAAGCACCACUGAACGUCUUCUGAAAGAGAUUCUUGAAGAAAUCGUUUGCAUCAACAAAGCGACUCACGAGGGAGAUCUUGGCGCAGCGUACGAAGAAGAGUGGAAAUACGCAGCGACUGUUUUUGACCGGACAAUGGCGUAUUUUUACAUUUUAGCAAUCAUUAUCUUGCUUAUCAGCACUUUAUUCACUCGUUUCUGGUUGGAUACGAGCCCUGUCACGUCUGUAUAG